GCUUUUAUUAGUCCUCCAUUAGACAAGUCCUUCAACAUCAACUGAAAGACAUGGACGAGCCUUCAGCUCAGUUUCAAGACGAGGAUUUGAUUGAUAUUCUAUGGAGGCAGGAUGUCGACUUGGGGGUGGAGCGAGACAUCUUUGACGGAUGUCUUCGGCAGAGGGAGGAGGAGACCACGAGAGCACGAGAAACAGAGUUAAAAAGAGAGCGAGAGCUUGAAAGGAUAAUGCAAAGAUUACAGAAACUAGACAAAGAAACUGGAGAGUUUUUGCCUAGUCCUUCAUCUGUGAACUCCCAGGCUGUGCCCUUGUCUGAGGCAUUGCAUUCUACUGUGUUUACUCAUCGUUCACCUGUUACCCAGAAUCCCCUGCUGUCUGCAUUGCUCUUCUCUCAGAAGUCUCAAAAGCCUCCUUCUCAAGAGCAGGCUUUUAGUGAACUGCUUUCACUGCCAGACUUACAGUAUUACUUGGAUGUCUUGGAGUCUGAGGCCUCAAGCUUGCCCUUAGAGGAUAUCACCGAAAUCUGCCACCAGAACCUGCCCGAGCCUCAGAGGGAAAACUCAGCAGAUGCAUUAUUAUGUGACAUCACACAGACAAUAUCAGACUCUUUUGAGGUUGUUCAGCCCUUGUCAUCCUUACCCUCUGAUCCAGUAGAGAUCCUGGAAACAUGCAUACAGACAUUCUCAGAUCCAGGAAAUUCUACACCUUCACCUUCAAACACGAUUUACAGCUGCAGUACCCCUGAGAAUCAAGUGAUUUUACCUAAACACCAGAUAAACUCAAGCGAUUCAACCCUCAGUGAGUUUUGCCCAUAUACCAUCAAUACUAGCUCACUCAGUAAACCUGAACAAUUAAAUAGUGCUCCACAAACACUUAUACAAUAUAAGGAGCGCCACGUUCAGCUGGGUUUUGAUGACUCUGCUUCUGUUGGCUCCGUGGAUUUAGAGACAUCCCUCUAUGCUGCUGACACCUUUAGCAAUGGCCAAUCAGACAAGGAUGAGCUGGAGAGCAUUCAGUCAGAAUACACCGACCUGCUGCCUUUAUCUCUACACUCUGAGACUGAAGAGGCAACGCUGUGUGAAACUAUUACGUAUGCACACCACCAAACUCAAAAUGAAUCAACACCUGAAUAUUCACAGAGAGAACCUCAGGCAAAUCUCCCAACCACCGUCCGGCGCGUACAUCGUGAUGAACAGCAGGCCCAAGCCAUGAAUUUGCCGCUUAGUGUACAUGACAUCAUCAACCUGCCUGUUGAAGCAUUUAACGAAGCCAUCAGCUCCUGCAAACUCAACCACACUCAACAAAGCCUCAUCAGAGACAUUCGAAGACGAGGGAAAAACAAGAUGGCAGCCCAGAGCUGUCGCAAACGAAAGAUGGAUGGUCUCAAUGAUCUCGAAGAAGAGAUUGAGGAUCUGAAGAGGGAGAAGGAGCAAAUCAAGGAAGAAAACGAGAGGAACACUAGAGAACUUCAUGAGACGAAAGUGAAGCUCAGGAAACUCUACAAUGAGGUGUUCAGACAGCUGAGAGAUGAACAUGGAAACUCCUACAACCCCAAAGAGUACAAACUACAGCACAGCACUGACGGCACGGUUUACCUGCUGCCACACAGCACAGCCGACAAGACAAAUACACCAACAGAGGAUUUAGCUGUUGCUGUAUAACACACCUGAAAUACAGCAAAGCUCUUUUGGUGUUUGUAACCUGACACACCAUGGACUUUAGUUUUGGGAUGUUGUGGUCUCGAGGAAUCAUUGGCCCUGUUAGUGUCUGGCAUUCACGUUCAUCUCCUAUUGAUUUUGUCAAGGGAGGCUGGUUGAGUGACGGUUUAACCAGUUAAAUUUGCAUCAUCACGCAGCCGCUGUUUCCAGUCAUGCAGCACAGCUACUGUCUACUUGAAUAGGAAAAGACUGAAAUCGCCAAAUUGUUGUCAGUGUUACAUUUGAAUGAUAAACAAAUCUGACAACUAUGGGAUCAUGUAUUUACAUCUACAAGAACUGUUUUCCUUUUUUAUAUAUUUUAAAAUGUAAUUUAUUAGUAAUGGCAAAGCCAUUCCUCCAGUCUUCAGCGUCACACAAUCAUUCAGAAAUCACUCUAAUACGCUGAUUUGGUGGUUAAGAAAUGCAGAAUUAUUAUCAAGGUUUAAAACCGUUGUAUUUUUGUAGAAACAGUGAUACUUUUUUCAGACUUCGGUAACACUUUACAAUAAGAUUCAUUAGAUGACUUUAGUUAACAUGAACUAAGAGUGAACAAUACUUCUACAGCAUUUAAAUUAUCUUAGUUACUGUUUAUUCCAACAUUUACAUGUGCAUUAUUAAAAUCAAAUGUUGUGAUUGUUAACAUUAGUUAAUGCAUUGUGAACUAAGCUGUAUUUCCAUUAACUAACGUUUACAAAGAUGAAUAAAUACUGUAAUAAAUGUAUUGUUCAUGUUUUUACAUUAAUACAUGAACUACUGGAACCUUAUUGUAACCCACACUUCAUAGAUGAGUAGAAAGUUGAAGUAGAUGUUUUGUACUAAUGAAAAGGUCUUAACAGUCACUUGACUAUUUUUAAUUCAUCCUUGCUGAAUAAUGCCAAAUUUCUUUAAUAAUUCGUACUGACCCAAAACUAUUGAACAGUACUUUUUACUGUAGAAACUAUUAAAAAUAUAUACGCAUGUAGAUUUAUGUAUAUCCAUCUGUCACAGAAGUACUACCCUGGUGGAUUGGGUCUGAAAAUCUGCUUUAAGAGUAGCCUACCUGUGUGUUCUAAUUAAUAUGCAAGUUUAAACCACAUUGUAUUAUAAUACUCCGAGA